UUGCUUUUGCCUGCCGGAGAUCGAUCUUAAAAAGAUCCAGCACUGGGAGGCCAAGGAAAAGAGGUGAGUCAAGGACGUCUUCGUAGCGGAGCUACUGAGAUUCGGAAGGCCACGCUGGGCCUGUUUGGCGGCCAGACGACUCAGACAGUUCAGUCAUGUUCGCCUACGCAGUGAGGCGCGCCCUGCGCAAGAGUAAGACCCUUCGCUACGGAGUUCCCAUGUUGUUGCUGAUUGUUGGAGGUUCUUUUGGUCUUCGUGAGUUUUCUCAAAUUCGUUAUGAUGCUGUGAAGAUUAAAAUUGAUCCUGAGUUAGAAAAAAAGCUGAAAAUGAAUAAAGUGUCAUUGGAAUCAGAAUAUGAGAAAAUAAAGGAUUCCACCUUUGAUGACUGGAAAAAUAUUCGAGGACCCAGGCCUUGGGAAGAUCCUGAUCUCCUCCAAGGACGAAAUCCAGAAAUCCUUAAGACUAAUAAGACAACUUGACCAUGCUGAUUCUGUUUUUACUUUUUUUAUUUUUAAUAAAAAUGUUAUCAGCUGGAACUCCAACCAUAUACUCCUAUCCAAUGGAGAGAAAAUUCCAGACCUGCAGAAGCCUAGAUAAGAGUAAUUUGUCAAGUACAGGUUUGUAUAAGGCCCAGCUCUUGCAUUGGCAAAUGAAAGUAACAAUGUUGACCAUAUAUAUUUUUUACUGCUCAAUAAACAUGUGAAUACGGCUACUUAAA